UCUCCCCCCUGCUGUGUGCGGGUCCUCCAAGCGGCGCUCUAGGCGGCGGGCGCGGACUCGGUGCUCCCGGCGGGCCCGGCCCGGCUCGGGGGGCCGUGGAGCUGGCGGGGCCCAACCCGGGCCCGGGCCCCGCAUCGCCGGCCCGAGCCGCCCCCGGGCUCCGCAGCCCCGGCCCAGCAGGGGAUGGGCAGGGCCGGCCGGCAGCGCGGGGCCGGGCCUCAGCUCCCGCGCGGCGGAGCCGGGCAGCGCCUCAGGUGGAAGAUGGGACAGUUUCCCUUCUGGUUUAGGUGACUCUGACACCUGAUUACCAUGAAGUCCCAAAGGAGAUAGAGAGACAGUAGUGGGAAUUUCUUCUCACUCCUCCAAAAAAAUCCAAUUGCCUAAUGGGAUUGCCUCUUAUGCUGACGUCAUGGGGAGCUGCUGCAGUUGCCUGUGCAGAGACAGCAUCCCAGACAACCAUCCCACCAAAUUUAAGGUGACGAACGUGGAUGAUGAAGGUAACGAGCUGGGAUCUGGGAUUAUGGAGCUGACACAGACGGAGCUCAUCUUGCACACUCACAAGCGAGAUGCUGUCAGGUGGCCUUACCUCUGCUUGCGCCGCUAUGGCUACGACUCCAACCUCUUCUCUUUCGAGAGUGGUCGUCGCUGCCAGACAGGGCAGGGGAUUUUUGCCUUCAAGUGUUCCAGAGCAGAGGAGAUCUUUAAUCUGCUUCAAGACCUGAUGCAGUGCAACAGCAUCAACGUAGUGGAAGAACCUGUUGUCAUCACCAGGAACAGUCACCCCACGGAACGGGAGCUCUCCCGGAACACCCAGGCACCCAACAGUCUAGGGUACACUGUCCCAGGAUUUCCCAAUGGAUUUCCAAGCUUCCCUGGAGAAACCCUGUCAUUCUCCACAGCCCGCCACCCCUCCGUGAGCAGCCUGAGGCAUUCCUCUGUGGGCGAUGACUCUACUCAUGCCCUUAUUGGGCCUGAUGAGCAGUCCCACACCUACGUCAACACGGCCAAUGGUGAUCAGGAGCUGAGGGGCCGGCAUUGUAUGCACUCCUUGCCUGAAGUCCACCCUCCUUUCCCCCAUAGGAACCACAGUUGCUCCCUCGAAGACCGCAAUCCCCAGGUCUUUCUGCAGCCAGGGGAGGUUAAGUUCGUGUUAGGUCCCAAGUCCAACUACAGCAGCGUGUGUCGGCACCACCGGGAGUGCAGGACGCACUUCUACCCCCCUAACAACAACAACAACGAAUGUGAGGAGUGUCCUUCCCCCCAGUGUGUCUAUGAGAAUAUCAACGGCUUGUUGCCCCCCAGCACCUCCUCUCUCUGCCGAGGCGGGCGCUUGAAACUCUCCCGGGAGGACACGGGCUUAGCCGGCUGCUCCCAUCGCAAAACGGCAUUGCUUCACUAUGAAAACUUGCCGUCGCUGCCACCGGUGUGGGAGUGCCAGCCGCUCCGGCAGGGUGAGGAGGACGUGGGCGUUGGGGAUGCACUGACACCUUCCCCCAAUGGCUUCUCCGAGGCUGGUGAAGAAGAUCCCCUGCAGAACUACAUGAACUCGGAGAACACGACGCUGCAUGGGGGCGGCAGCCAGAGGCGCAGCAGCUUCUUGCCAAAGCCUCGUCGCGGCUGCGUGCCCAAUGUCUUCAACUUCGACUUUCCCCGGCCCUGUCCAGAGCAGCCGCGGCAACUCAACUACAUCCAGGUGGACUUGGAGGCUGAGCCACGCAAGGGACAUGCGAACCUGCCAGUCCCUCGUGUCCCACCUCCUGCCACCCACGAGGCCCACCGGACGGACUCCUACGCGGUCAUUGACCUAAAAAAGACAGCGGCCAUGUCCAGUUUGCAAAGGGCCCUGCCAAGGGACGAUGGCACAUCGCGGAAAACUCGACAUAACAGCACUGACCUGCCUCUGUGAGGGGGAAUGCCAAGUGCAAGCACUGUCUCGUGGCUUCGGUAUCUGCCCUUCAGUGUACUGCCCGGUGUGAUUUCCAUGCGUCGAUACCUUCUGCUUCCCUGUUUUCCCCAUUACCUGGUGUCAUGGGAUGGCUGCUACAGCUGAUGUUAAGGCUAGUCUGUCUGUCCAUCUUCCCCUCUCUAUCUCUCCUGUGUAGUUCAUUUUUAAAGCCUUGUUGGGGUGUUUGACGAUGCUGUUUGGAGGUUUAAUUUCUGGUGAAAGGGGCAGAAGGUGCCAGGAAGAGCCAUGGAUACAGCCUCGAGUUGGGUUGCCUGUCCUGGCAGCUCUGUGAGCAGCCUGGCAGCAGAGCCAGGGCAGUAGCGUGGUGGAGAAGCUUUUCCAAAAGUGAGCUGCUUUAGGAGUUCUGUUGCAAAAUCAACCUCUUCCGCAUGGAUUUCAUGCCUUGCAACUCCAGGUGAGCUCUGCAGCCGGGCCACUCCAAAGCUGGGUUUUGCCUUGUGCUUUCCCUGGUGAUAUGGGAGCUUGUGCUGUGUUUUUUCCCCAUCCUCAACCCUCCUUUCUCCCCUCUGCACUGUUACCUGCUUUCUCUAAGUUCGUAGAAGCUUUUUAUACUUCUAUCCCUUUCUCAGAUUCAAUUUAAAUUGGACAACUCUAGAAAUGAAUAGAGCGGCACAAACACUGUGAUAAUACAGACCUGAUCUCCUGAAGAGAUCCUGCUUUAAAAGAGGAGGGGAAGAACACAACUAAGGGAGAGAUUUGAGGAUUUGCUAUGGAAAACUUCAGUCGUGCCAUAUCCUGUUUCGAUUUUUAGGGGUUCUUUUUAGUGGCUGUUCAGAAGUGGUGUUUGUUUGUUUGUUUGUUUAUUUAUUUA